GGCAUUUACUGAUCAGUUUAUUGUAUAUGUGUUUAAGGAGGUUUAAAAUAUUGUUACGAUUGUAAAAAAGAUGAAAACACUAAAUAAUAUAAUUACGAAAAAAUUCGUGAUUUAUGUUUUAUUUAGUGUCAAAAUAUGACUAGUUGCUAUGGUUAUGAAUUGUAACAGAGUCUUGAGGGAGAUAUAGGGGAUAUUCAAGUUUUAUCUACAAAUACAGGAUUUAUUUUCAUCGAGUGGACAAGUAUGAAAAUAAAUUGUUCACGAAUGGCGGUAACCACAAGUGAAAUAUGAUAAUUUUCAUACCACAAUCGUGUAUUUAUAGGAAAAAAACUUGAAUUUUCUGUUUAUUAUAUGCAUUUUUCUCGUUUUUGACAUUAACAUUUUGAAGUCUACACCUUUUAUUUGUGUGUAUUGGCUGAAUUAAGAAGAAAGUAGUCCGGCAAGGCACCAGUGAAAAUACGGAAAAUAUGUUUCACUGCAGAAAAAUAUUUUUUUACAGUGCAAAUGCGGAAUAUGAAAAAAAAAUUAAAUGAAAAAUUAAUUUCAUUAAUGGAUAUUUCUAAAUAUAUUUGAUUUAUAAGUAUAAUAAGAAUGUUUAUUAACACAUCGUUGUGUGAAAAGAAAUAGCGGGUUACCAAUCCACUAAAUUCUGAGCAAGUCUCGUUUCGUAUGAAUACGUAAUGGCAUCAAGACCUGGUUCGAACACUAGAAUAGCCGUUGCAGCUAUCGACUUUGGGACAACAUGCACGGGUUAUGCUUAUCAUCUUAAAAGGGAUGUCAAAAAUGAAAACUAUAUCCGAUCUAUACGCACGGACCAAGCAUGGGUAGGGAGUGCCGAAACAGGCCUUCAAGCCCCGACAACAGUUUUAAUGGAUAGAAAUAAGGAAUUCCAUUCUUUUGGAUUUGAAGCUGAGACGAAGUAUAAAACACUGGCCGCCACAAACGAACACAAAGGGUGGUACUACUUCCGGUAUUUUAAAAUGAAACUCCAUCAUGAAAGUGAACUGAAACGUGACAUGAUGAUGGAAGACAGUGAAGGGAAACCAUUCCUGGCAAUUAAUGUAUUUACCGCGGCUAUCAGAUAUAUUAAAUCACAUCUGAUGGAAAAGCUAGGAAAUGCCUUAGAUUCCCGCAUUUUUGCAACAGAAAUCACGUGGGUGCUAACUGUGCCUGCUAUUUGGAGAGAAUCUGCUAAACAAUUUAUGAGGGAAGCAGCACAUGCGGCUGGUAUUUCGAAUAAUAAUCUGAUGCUUGCACUGGAACCAGAAUCAGCCGCAAUAUUCUGUAAGGAGCAGGCCAUACAUAAAGCCGACGGUGCCGACGGACCGUUUCUGUCUGCAUUUAAUCCGGGACAAAGAUAUCUAGUAGCUGACCUUGGAGGUGGCACGCUGGAUACGACAGUUCAUGAAGUAUUACCCGACGGAUUAUUAAAGGAACUACACGCAGCUACAGGCGGUGCCUGGGGAGGUCAAAUGGUCAAUGCUGCUUUUGAGAAUCUAUUGAAGGACAUUGUUGAUCCUGAAGUUUUCCAGGUAUUUUGCUCGGAAAGGACAGGCGGUUGGAUUUCACUUCAAAAAUGCUUCGAAAGUAAGAAAAGGGAGUUCACAACACACACUGAAAUCUCAGACAUUGAUAUUCCAAGGGGUUUAGCAGAUAUCUAUAAAGAAAUAAAGAAGACAGAACUGAGAGGAAAACGUUUUAAAAGAAAUAUACAAAUACUAAAUGAUGAUAUUUUGAGACUGCCAUCGCAAGUAAUGAAAAGUCUGUUUGCAACUGCGACUGACAAAAUCAUCGAUCAUAUCGAACAGCUUUUUAAAAACAAAAACUUGAGAGGUGUUACGUCUAUUUUGCUGGUUGGAGGGUUCUCAGAGUCUGUGAUUGUGAGCAAAUCCAUCCGAGAACAUUUUAAUAGAUUGAAUGUGAUUGCUCCGGCGUCGGCGAGCUCCGCUAUAUUGCAGGGAGCUGUUAUGUAUGGAAUCAAUGAUAGAAUCAUAGCCUCGAGAAUAAGUCCCUACACAUAUGGUCUACAUACCCGCCGACCAUUUGAUAAGCACAAACAUCCAAAAGAACGGAUGAUUCAGCUAAAAGACCGACAAGUUGUAGACAAUGCCUUCAGUAAACAGAUAGAAAAGGGGGAAACUGUUUACGUUGGCGAGGAUAAACCCGGGACGUCGUUUUCUGUUAUAAAUCGAAAGACACCAUCUGUCUUUUGGAAGGUCUAUCAGACAGAAGAUUACGACCCCAUAUUCUGUGAUGACCCAGGCUGCAGCUGCAUUGGAACAUUGUCUAUACAAAUUCCGGAAGACAUCAUGGCCAAAACAAUUGGGCUGAGAGUCUAUAUGACUUGUCAAGGAACGGAAUUACAAGCAACGGCAACUAUUAAAGAUUAUGGAAUAACAACUGUUGGGAAAUUUAGCUUCCUUGACAAGGAUUACCAGUACUCUGGUGACGUCAUAGAAGACGGUGACUGACCUUUUCCCGUUAUAAUCUGUUUUCACAAACUGACUAGAUAUCAUUAAGAAUGUAUUUUAUUGCAUGUGACAUGUACGUUUCUUUCUCCAUUGUUGUCCCUUUUUUACGCGUGUUGCCUUCACAUAUGUGGCCAAUAUGGAAAUAUUCUCAAGCUGGAAACUCGUAUUAAAAUUUAUUUUCUAAUCCAAAUCGUCAUUUUGGCUCGAGUAAUUUAGUGACAGCAAAUAGAGAUGCGCUUACAAAUUUUUCUUUCUCUCUUCAUUUAAUAAUCACAUUCCUGAAAAUUGCACUACGGAUUUGAACAUAUUUGUGUUUUUAUCAAAUAUUCUUAAAAUAUUGAUAUGAAACGUAUGUAUCUAUUGCAAUGAAAAUAAUGCAACGUA